UGUAGGCUAAGAGCGAAAUGGACAUAGAUUCCCUGAUCCACACAACCAGGAUCUACAGCAUCGACAUCGGGAUGUCAUUCGGGCUUGAGAAAUGUAGUCGGAUGGUGACUAAGAGAGGAAGGGUAGUCCGCACUGAAGGGGUCUCACUCCCUGAAGGAACAAUAGCAGACAUUGAGGACAGCUACAAGUACCUUGGUAUACCACAAGCCAAUGGCAACCUCGGACUGGCAACAAGGAAAGCGGCUACGGCCAAAUACCUCCAGCGAGUGAGGCAAGUCCUAAGAAGCCAGCUCAAUGGCAAUAAUAAGACCCGGGCAAUAAACAGCUAUGCCCUGCCAGUGAUCAGAUACCCUGCAGGAAUAAUAAGGUGGCCAAAGGAAGAGAUUCAGACCACGGACGUUAAGACCUGAAAGCUCCUAACCAUGCAUGGAGGGUUCCAUCCCAAAUCCAGCACCCUGAGACUGUACGCAAGCCGAAAGGAAGGAGGCCGGGGACUAGUGAGUGUGACAGCCACUGUCCAGGAUGAAACAUCCAAGCUCCAUGAAUACAUCAAGGAGAAGGCUCCAACGGAUGACGUACUCAGACAAUGGGGAACAGAAGAUGAGGCGCUGGAAGAGGGACCAUCAUGGGAGGACAAGCCCCUACACGGGAUGUACCACCGGACCAUAACUGAAGUGGCUGAUCUCAAGAAGUCCUAUCAGUGGCUAGAGAGGGCUGGCCUGAAGGACAGCACAGAGGCACUCAUCCUGGCUGCUCAGGAGCAGGCCUUGAGCACCAGAGCCAUCGAGGCCCAGAUAUACCACACCAGACAAGACCCAAGGUGUAGGUUGUGCAAAGAGGCACCUGAGACGAUCCAACACAUAACUGCAGGGUGCAAGAUGCUGGCAGGGAAAGCCUACAUGGAACGCCAUAACCAGGUGGCUGGCAUAGUCUACCGAAACAUCUGUGCGGAGUAUGGACUGGAAACCCCCAGGUCAAAAUUGGAAACACCUCUGAAGGUGGUGGAGAAUGACAGAGCGAAGAUCCUGUGGGACUUCCAGAUCCAGACUGACAAGGUGGUAAUGGCGAACCAACCAGAUAUCGUGAUCAUAGAUAAACGGCAGAGGAAAGCCGUUGUAGUGGAUGUAGCGGUCCCAAGUGAUGGAAACAUCAGGAAGAAGGAACAUGAGAAACUCGAGAAAUACCAAGGGCUCAGAGAGGAGCUGGAGAGAGCCUGGAAGAUAAAGGUGACAGUCGUGCCUGUGGUGGUCGGAGCACUCGGGGCAGUGACCCCCAAACUAGAUGAGUGGUUGCAACAGAUCCCGGGAACAACAUCGGACAUCUCAGUCCAGAAAUGUGCAGUGCUGGGAACAGCAAGGAUACUGCGCAGAACCCUCAAGCUUCCUGGCCUCUGGUAGAGGACCCGAGCUGAAUGAGGGACGGACACCACCCGAGGGGGAGGGGAGACGAGGAAUUUUAUAUAUAUAU